CCCAUGAUACUCUCCUCGGGUAACUGACAUGGUUUACUGCAGAGGAGCUCACACCAGGCAGCACCGAAAGCAGCUAGAGCAGACCUCAGAGCAAAUAAUACCAUGGCUACUUACGCUAGCAUGUGCUACCGCUUGUUUGAUAGACAUAAAAGUUCAACACAUUUCAGAAAACUCUUCGUCCAGUGCUUAAACGGGAACAUCCAGCGACCCUAUUCCGGUGCUACGCACAAGGAAAAUGAACUUGAACUUGGAGACCCGACUGCUUCAUCUGCUCCCAACUUCGCCACAUCUCUGAAAACCAGGUCAAGCCAGGAGAGGCUAAGAGAGCAGACCAUACUUCCCUUUUCAGCAUUUUUGACUGACAACUUUGGCCGGAGGCACAGCUACCUGCGCAUGUCCCUGACUGAGAAAUGCAACCUGCGCUGUCAGUACUGCAUGCCAGAGGACGGGGUGAAGCUUACACCACGGAGCCAACUGCUGUCCACCUCCGAAGUACUAACACUGGCUCGCCUCUUCGUCCAGGAGGGGGUGGAGAAAAUCCGCCUCACUGGAGGAGAGCCCCUCAUCAGACCUGAUGUGCUGGAUAUCAUUGCAGAACUGAGGAAGUUGGAGGGCCUGAAAACCAUUGCUGUGACAACCAACGGCAUGAAUUUGGCCAGGCUUCUGCCUAAGCUUAAAGAUGCUGGCCUCGACCUGAUAAACAUCAGCCUGGAUUCACUGGUCCCUGCCAAAUUUGAGUUCAUUGUCAGGCGGAAAGGGUUCCACAAGGUCAUGGAGGGCAUAGAUAAGGCCCUAGAAAUGGGCUACAACCCAGUCAAGGUGAACUGCGUGGUCAUGCGAGGCCUCAACGACGAUGAGCUGCUAGAUUUUGUGGCAUUGACAGAGAAGAAGCCUCUGGAGGUGCGCUUCAUCGAAUACAUGCCCUUUGAUGGCAACAAGUGGAACUUCAAGAAGAUGGUGAGUUACCAGGAGAUGCUGGACCACAUCAGGCAGCAGUGGCCCAACCUGGAAAAGUUUCAAACUGGACAAACAGAAACUGCCAAGAUGUUUAAAGUGCCAGGCUUCAAAGGUCAGGUGGGCUUCAUCACCUCCAUGUCUGACCAUUUCUGUGGCUCCUGCAACCGUUUACGCAUCACUGCAGAUGGCAGUCUAAAGGUGUGUCUGUUUGGGAACUCUGAGGUGUCUCUGCGAGAUGUCCUGCGCUCCGGGGCAUCAAAUGAAGAGCUACUGCAAAUCAUUGGAGCCGCUGUUGGCAGGAAGAAGAAACAACAUGCAGGCAUGUUCAAUAUCUCCCAGAUGAAGAACAGGCCUAUGAUCCUCAUUGAAGGCACCACAUCCCAAAGGCUUUUGUCUCUGUCAAAGGCACAAAACAGCCAGAGAGCUUUCCCCAAUGUUUCCCGUCUUACAAACGACACAUUCCUCUCUCCAACAGCUGCUCCUCACAUGUCCCGCUCAGGCAGCAGGAGAGACCUGAACAGAGAAGGUUUUCUGUGCCUUCCACACUGCACUACUUCAACACAGGCAGCCCAUGCUUGCUGCUCUAGGACCUUAAUAAGUGGGGGAACCCAUAUUAGGUCACAAUUCAACGAAGAAAAACCUAACAGCCUCCACAGAGCAGCCCCACUUCACUCUUCUGAGUUUGGUAAUGGUAAGACUGCAAGUUUUACUGCACGCACAACUGUUAUGAGCUACAUUAAUGAAGGCCAUCUCAGGUACGCACAAGCCAGGGGUCAUAAUGCUUUGAAGAGCCAUUUACUCAGGACCCCAGGAACGCCUAUUUUUUGCACACUACUAAUGAAUGCCAAACUAAAUCUUAAACAACACAAUGUUAGACUGAGCCACAAUCAAAGUUCCAGCGAAGACCCAAGUGUCAAACUCAGACAAUCUGUGAGUGGUCAGACACCAUCAGGCAUAGAAGUCAACAACACUCACCUUGAUGGAACCACAGAAGAAAAGCUAACGCAUACAGACGCCCAGGGCCGAGCCACCAUGGUGGAUGUCGGGGGGAAGGUUCCCACGCGUCGAACAGCCACGGCCCGCGCCACAGUCGUCUUGGGUCCAACUGCCUUUCGGCUGCUUCGGGAUAACCAGCUGGCUAAGGGUGACGCCUUGGCCGUGGCGCAGUUGUCCGGCAUCAUGGCUUCCAAGCAGACCUCGGCCCUCAUCCCGCUCUGUCACCCGCUCCCUCUAGACCAGGCCUCCGUCACCUUUGACCUCGAUGAGCUGCAGAACGCUGCGGUUGUCACAGCAACGUGUCGCACUACGGGCAGGACAGGAGUGGAGAUGGAGGCUUUGACAGCCGUUUCCGUUGCGGCGCUGACCAUCUAUGACAUGUGCAAGGCAGUGAGUCAUGACAUCAUCAUUACAGAUGUGAAACUGGUCAGUAAGACCGGCGGGAAGAGGGACUUUCAUCGUCAUCCAUGACUUUCUUCCCCACUGUUAAAUCCAACACAGGAAAUCUGAGAAUUCAUUUUAUCAUGAAGACUGCACAUUUUCAGUUGUCAUAUUUUUCUACAAACUUAAAACGUGUGCCAUCAGAAUAGUUUGAAAGAUACUCUUGUCAUGCACUUCCACACUUGUCCCCCACCCUGCCCACCUGUGCUACUUGAUUGUCUACUCCAGUGACUGAAUUACCAGAGAUAAUUUACUUGAUCUGUCAUCUUUCACAAUAUAAAUCAUGUUAUUUAAACAGUGUUAAUGUUAACUUAAAUGUAGCAGUGCUUUAUUAAUACUAAUUUCAUUGUCAUGUUGAUAUUUAUUUCCUGUAAUAAAUAUCUGACAUAAGAACACCAAUUGACAAGCUUAAAACAGAUGUGCCACUAGGGGGCACUCAAGUGUUUCAGAAGCCCUGCCUGGAGAACAAACCGAGAGAAGCCUCAACGCGGUCCGUGUUGAAUGUUUUAUUAGCCUACAUCGACUUUGAAGUUACUUUUAUUCCGAAUGAAGCCCAGGUGCAAUGAGUGUAUGUGUCUUGGUGUCUUUUCCCAGUCUGUCUGCUGGUAGACAUCAUGUCUGACUGAAUGAUCCCAGACUCUGUGUUCCUCUGCCUGCCUGCUUUCCAUUGCCAUCACUAACAGCACUAAGAAUGUGUUUACAAUUGAGAUUUGGGGUUAAUUCAGUUGCAACUCUUCUCAGAAAUAUUGCUUUCAUCAUUUUGUCAAGGAAAGUACCCACUGUAGUAUAGUUGAAACACUGGAUAUUUGUACUCAUGUCACAUUACAGUAGAUAAUGGCAGUAAGGCAACUUUUUUUUUUUUUAUUAGCUUUUCCUCUAAAUAUCUACAUUCAUAUACUGGCUAAUAACACCAAUAACUCAUUACACUAGUUUUGUUGCUUUUCCUCUACAACAAACUUGAUUGUGUUUAUUGAUUUGAGUAGCUCAAAAUGUAUAAUGGUUUUAAAAUAUUUCAUUCUUUAUAUGAUUAAAGUGCCUGAUGAAAUGCCAACUGA